AUGUAUUUCAUCCAAGUACUAUUUAUAGUCAUUUCUUACAUCAUAAAUGUCACUCUCGGAUUUAUUGCGUACGAUUGUGGAGGGUCGAAUCUAAAUAUCACUUCAUUUGACAGCUUAGAAGUAGAAAAAUGUGAUAUUCCAACACCAACAGAAACGCAACAGAUACAACGAAUACAAUUAUUGCAACACAUUGAAACAUAUCCAGUUAUGUAUAAAUCAUGUUUAAUAUCUGUGGAUUAUCUUAUAACAAGAUGCUCAGCGUUUGAAGAUGCGCAAGUGGUGGAUGGUGGAUACUUUUCUGACAUUAUCGAACUAGGGAGUGCUCGAUGUUCGGAGGUCCAUCAAAAACAAUCCUAUAAUUUUCCACUAGGAGGUGUAGUGACAGACUUAAAAAUAAACGAAACAACAUAUGUUUCAAAUACAAUGGUAGGGUCACUAGAUAAGCAUGGCAAUUGUAAGGGCGCAAUUUUUAAAUCAAAUAAAGGGGAAUGGGAAAACGUCGUUGUCCAAGCAAAAUUUAAAAUAUUGCUAUCGGAAGGUAUGGCUACAGCGAACACUAAAGAUAACGUCCUUAUACUUCCAACAGGUACAAAACUCAAAUUAUCAGACAAUUACGGCAUUGAUGCUUUUAAAGGUGAAACCAUCUGGUCAAUCAGUAACAUAAACUGUGAAGAACACGAUUUCAGUGUCCUAUAUGAUGGGCCAGCGUCAUUAAUUACGUCAAAUACUAUUGAUGACAUUUCAAAUACUUACUCGUACACUUAUAUUGUGGAGACUGACAAAAUAGUCUUUGCUUUAAAAAAAGUUAAAAAAAACCUUCGCCUGCACAGGAAUCCCAGUUAUUCAGACUGA